UAGAAGUAAUUCAGUCACAGGUACGUUCGAAGUGGGGACGGCAUACAUCGCAUCGAUGGGCAGUGCUUGCAGGAGUCAGUAGUGAAUUGUAGAAACUGGGAGGGUACUUGCCUGUGUAAGAUUUGGUGCUUGCGUGCGUGUUUGGUGUUAUUAUUAUUUGUUGGUAAAUAAGCAGUCAGUAUAAUUAAUUGGAACUGGAGCCGGGAGCUGUGAGUGUGUGCAGUGACAGCCAUGGGUCUCCGAAAGAAGAAUAAAAGCCCGCCGGUGCUUAGCCACGAGUUCGUGAUCCAGAAUCACGCGGAUAUGGUGUCUUGCGUGGCCAUGGUCAUCCUGCUGGGACUCAUGUUUGAGGUAACAGCAAAGUAUGCCAUCAUGUUUAUCACGGUCCAGUACAAUGUUACAUACACUGAAUAUAGGUCUGAACCGAUAAACUUCUAUGAAUAUGGACCAAAAGAUUUAGCUACUAUUUUCUUCUACGUGCUGGUAGCCAUCAUUCUUCAUGCCUUGAUCCAGGAGUACAUUCUUGACAAAAUUAACAGACGGCUUCAUUUAUCCAAAACCAAGCACAGCAAAUUCAAUGAAUCUGGUCAGCUUGCUGCCUUUUAUUUAUUUUCCGUCAUCUGGGGGACCAGCAUCCUGACUGCAGAGGAAUUUGCUUCAAACCCUACUCUCUUGUGGGAGGGAUACCCACAUUUACAUAUGUUCUUUCAGGUAAAAUUCUUCUACAUUUGCCAGAUUGCCUACUGGCUUCAUGCACUGCCUGAACUCUACUUUCAGAAAGUUCGAAAGGAGGAUAUUCCUCGGCAGCUGAACUAUAUUUGCCUUAAUGUUUUCCAUAUUGCUGGUGCCUAUAUAUUAAAUCUUCACCGCCUUGGCCUGACGUUGCUCGUGCCACACUGCCUGGUGGAACUUCUGUUCCACGCCUCUCGACUUUUCUACUUUAGUGAUGAAAACAAGCAAAAGGGGUUUACUCUCUGGGCCCUGCUGUUUGUAAUGGCUCGUCUCCUCACCCUCACUCUCUCUGUCCUCACUUUUGGCUUUGGUCUCGCUCGCUCAGAAAACCAGGGAUUUUCUAUCUCUGAGGGGAACUUUAAUGUUCUGACUGUCAGGAUUGGCUGUUUGGCUGCUAUUUGUCUGACACAGGCUUGGAUGAUGUGGAAGUUCAUAAAUUUCCAGUUGAAGAAAUGGAGAGAACACAGCCAGAACCAAGCCACCAAAAAAAAAAUCACCAGUCCUAAAAGCAGGCCUUCUAAAAAAGAAUCCAACAGAGGAAAUUCUGUUAAUGGAGUGGUGAAGUUGGAGGAGAGAACAUCACCCCGCGCACGAAAAGCAAAAGCUUCUUAAAGCAUGUGUUUCCAAAAUAGAAGUAUAAAAAGAUAGUGUAAGAGCAGUGUGCUACCCUAUCUCACCCUAAAAGUUGCCUGCCUCCUGCCCACAAAAGAGCAUUAGCACAAUCGGAAUAAAUCAGCAUUGUCGGGUGAAAAUGAAGCAUAUUGCAUGCUUUGGAAUUGUUUUUAUCAAUUACUUAAAAAUGUGUAAUUAAUGCAAGUUUUUCUCUCUAUGCCAUUGGUUGCAUAGCAAACCCCAGUUUUGUGUUAUCAUUUUUUACACCUAUUGAAUCUGAUCAAAUAGUGUGAACAGCAGCCUCUGUUCAAAAUGAUUUGACAUGGUACUAUCAUAGUGUUUACUGCCAAGUAGCUGGUUAGGGUGAGUUAAGCCUUUCUGAUGCCUUUACCAAACACUGUUGCAAUGCCAGGCAAGUAAAGCAGCUGCCAUGUUGCUUAAACUGUUCUGGAUUUGUAAUUAUUUUAUUAAAACAUUCAUAUGUGAUGCCACUUAUUUUGGGGGGAGGUUAAAGGAUCAUUUAUGAAGAGUAAGAGAUUCUUACCUGUAAAAAGCCUUAGUCAUUGGGCUAUAAAUGCUGUGCAGGUUAAAGCAUUUCUUCUGGAAACCUUAAAUGCCUAGAUUGGCAGAUUACAAGGGCCAUGAGACAGUGGAUCAUGUACAGUAUAAAAUGUGUAUCCAAGACAAGGAAGCAGUGCCGACCUUGACAUUUUGAAAUAGAUGUACUCGUCAGAAAUGCAUUGCUUUAAAGUGAGAAUCCGUGUGUAAAUUGUGGAAAUGCUAUACAAGCAAAGCGGAGGGUCUGUUUUUUGUGGUUAAAUUUAACCGAUGGGCUGAUAUCGAUCAUAGUUCAGGCACCUAGUGGCCUUUUAAUACAUCCUGGUAAUUUUACAGUGCUUAUCUUGGGUCAAACAUAACCCAUACUGCAGAGCAAUGCAGAACAUGAUCCAAACACAAUUCUUGAAGUGUCCUUAUAUGUAAAAUGUUAAAUAUGUGAACCAAUUUCAAAGUUAAGAUUAGGACUGUUAUGUAGCUUCUCGAAUGGUUCAGAAUUUUUUUGUCCAUCCUCUUUAGCCUUUUGGAAUGCUCCCUCUGUGUGUGUGUGUGCGCAUUGUUUUAGAUGCAUGAAACUGGGUGGCUGUGACUCCGCUUUAAGAUUUCAAUAAGUUUGUAUCUCUGCUGUAACAAUGCAAGGUAACAUUUAAUCUCUGUUUUGUCAAUGUCUUUUUUUCUGGACCAUUGUUUAUGCUAAUAGAGGUAUAACUAACAAAGUUGUUUAUACUUUGAAUCGCCUCUGCAAAACAACCCUAUAAAGGAUCAUUUUUCAUGUUGCAAGUGAUGCUAGAAAGGACGUGAUCAACUACAGCAGAAAAUGGGUCCACGUUCAGGUGCAAAAUCCUUUCCCUUCCCAUUGAUUUAGAUAAUGCUAGCAGCAUAGAAGGUGUGCUAUUACCUAUGUGCAGUACUGUCACUGUUCAUAACUUAAAGAAUCUCUCAUUUCUGUGGCAGUCUAUUUAUUCCAGUAUUAGAUAUGGAAAGAUUGCCCUUUAUCUUGAAAAUAGCAACUACACCAUCCGACACAGUCUAUUACCACAAGCCCAGUGAAUUAUGUGCAGUGACCAAUACUCACAUUCAUUCUUUGUUGCAGCAAUUUCUAAGGAGGGAGGGGAUGUCAACUUGUGACAGUCCUACAGUUCAUUUUGCAGAUUACAAAAUAAGCAGCGUAUACAGUGUUUAAGUGUUCUUAUUACCAAAUGCUUGUGAAGUUUAUAACCUAUUUUUUUUAUAGACCAAAAUUUAAAAAAUAAACUAAAAUAUUCAACCUCAAAAUAAACUUUUCUAACUCUGAAAGUGUGUGUUGAAAUGCCUGGAAACUUGGGUGCUCACAACUGCACAUUUCCUAUGGAAAUAAAAUGCAUUAUAGUAACAGGAUUAAUUUUGCAGCCUUUAACGUGUAACUGCUGAGCUGUUGUGUCAAGCAGUUAACAUAACGGUGUCAAAAAGCACAGCUGGCCAGAUAUUUUCAAAAUUCGAGUACCUGUCCCUGGGUACAGGUUCCUCAUGUAUAGUUGCUGAUGUUAGAAUAAAUAAAAGGAUUCUGUAUUGACCAUUGUAGUUUCAACCAAGAUCUUCUAAGCUGUAUAAAUGCCGUAGUUGCCAAAGCUUCAGUUAUUGGUCACUGCAAGAGCUAAGCAUUUGAAGUGACUGGCUAACACAUUUAUCAGGCUUCUUAAAUUAUCAAGCACAGAUUAUAAAAUCAGAUAAAAUGUGAAUGAAUAAUAAAAUGUAGUAUUAACUUCAACAGGCAUGCACUAGUUAUUUAGGCUAAAAGUUAAACACAGCCAAAAAGUCUUAAAAGAGGGCAGCAUGGAAGUAUGCUGUCACAUUAUAUUAAGUAUGGUGUAUUUAAGAAUGCAAUUCAGAUGGUAGAUUACCAAAUAAUUUAUUUUUCAACACCUUGUUUUGUCUCUUUCUGUUACAUGUUCUAUGAAUUUAGGCUGCACAUCUUUUAUGAUGAUCUUACCACAAGAUUCAUUCCUGCCAGGUUUUUGAUGUAUUUCAAGUCACAGCAGUACAGUACUGGCAAAAACCCAGUUGAGGUGUUUUUUAUUGCUACAUUGUAUCAUGCAUUUUAUGAUUUAACAAUAACUUUUAAGUUAGUUUUAGUCCCAUUUGAAACCCUACAAAGUUUAAAAAUCAAAUUAAAACGUUUAGUGUAACUUGUGUGCUUUUAAACUGUGUUGUGAUUUAAAGAUCAUUAAUUUUAGUUACGCAUAUACCAAUAAUAGAUAGCACAAGCUAGAGUGACUCUCGGAUGGCAUCAACACAUAUCCGAAGAGUACCAUCCAGUGAUAGUUUGUGUCAUUCCAACAGAAAUGUUGCAGGCUGUUAUCGGCAACAUUAUUCCUCCGGUUCUUUGACAAAGUGUUCAACAUAUGAUUCUGUGAUGCUCUACUGUACUAAAAAAAAAAUGCUUGGGAAAAAAAAAAAGAAAAGAAAAAACUUGGCA